AUGGACGGGCGGACGUUCGUGAAGCUGUGCAGAGACGGGAAGCUGCUGGGGAAGCAGUUCACAGCGACAGACGCUGAUUUAGUGUUUGCGAAGUCGAAGCAAAAGGGCAGCAAAACCCUCGGGCUCGCCGAGUUCGAGCAGGCGCUGCAGCAAAUUGCAGACAAGAAGCAAACCAGCCUGCAGCAGCUGCUCGCGCAGCUAGCAGCAGCAGGGGGCCCCGUGUACACCGGAACCAGGGCCCUCGCCAACAAGUUCCACGACGACAAGAGUCUGUACACCGGAGUCCACGCCCACGGGGGCCCCUCCACCAAAGACGACAAAGUCAACGACCUUUCGAGCCUGCUGGACAGGAGCCCCGCAGACGUCAGGGGCACCAAGAUGUAG